AUGCCGGAUGGCUCAUCUGGAGGACGUCUGAGGAAAGCUGUUGACUGUGGUGGACUCGUUGCGUACGGCCACUCUAGCUGGGAGAUUACUGGACGCGCAGACUGCGGGUUAGGGGGCACUCGAAAAGACACUGAAUGUUGUGCGAUAAUACUCGGUGUCCGGAAGGCCACGCCAGUCACCAUAGACGCUGACUGGAACUCUGGCGGAGAUCAUGGCAUCCAUUCCAGCAAAGGAGUCGUCGCGGCUAUCGUCCUUGGCAUGGCUUACGUCUUCUCGCGGCGCCUGGUCGAAUUGCAGGGCCAAGGAGACGAUGUUUCACUCUCUAAUGGGUACGUUCAUUAUACGGAAAGUGUUGCAGCAGUGCUCCACGAUGAUGAGGAGCAGGGGCCUUCCGAUUCGUAUGCCGAUGUUUACGUCGGUGAUGUGGACGACGAUGCGAGCAGAUGGUGGCAAGCUGUACUUGCACCGGGCCAGGGCUGGAAGGCAGUGAUUGCCACAGAUGAGAGAGGGCCGUUUUUGGCCCCUUGGGCGACUCGAAUCGGCAAUGGGCUGUCUUUCAGAAUCCGGCAGGAAAGAAAGGCGGUUCGAACAGCUGGCGUUUGUCCGCCUUCUUCCAGCCGUGCUAUGCAGUUCCUGCAAGAUUUUUGCAGGCUUCACAAUGCGGGAACGGCAUUUUCAAUUGCGAUUGCUACGGUCUUGCUUUUGCCGGUCCACAAUUUGUACGGCUCCCCAGUUAAAAUACAAUGGCAGCGACUCCACCAACUCCAUCGUCAAAACGGCGGAGUUUCUCUGGACAAACAAUUGGAGAAUUUUCGGAACAACCUUCCAUACUACAUGACUCUUGGCUGCCAUCCCCGGGGCAUCAUGUCCAAUCUUUGUGGAGUCUUCUGGGAACCAGAUAUUCCCUGUAAUCUCGCUCAUGCGUGGUUAUAUGCACCUUUGGAUCUGUUGCCCCGUGCUCCGGGGGUGGAUGGGGUCGAAACCCUUUACCAUGACGUGCUCAUUAGGGAUUGUGCACUCCGUCGACCCAAUAUAGCUUCCCUCUUUCUCGCCGCCAGCCUGACCAAUCUUAUGCCCAUGGUUCUUCGUUUCGUCAGGAGUGGGCUGCCUGUUCUGGAUCUGGACGCCGCUGCCUGGACUGGUUCCGCGCAGUCAUUUAUUCAAAAUUCUGGGCAACGUGUAUCAAAUUCUCCUGAAUGCAUGUCCAGGUCGGAUAUUUGGCGACUUCUCUAUAUCACGGGAGAAUACCCAAGUCCUCCACUUACCCCAUGGAAGCCGUUUGGAGAGAUGGACCUUCAGGACGUACCGUUACAAGCUCGAGCGCAUCAUGGCUGCAGCGAUCACUUUUUGCGGUACAGCCACUGGUCAUGGCAACUCGCUGACAACACUGUUCUAGAGGAUGAAGGCGUGCAUCCGGAGGCUUCUGUCUGCAAGUCACAGUCUGUACCAGCCUGCCCUAGGAACUUGCAAUUAAACACGCGAUCGGAAAUGAUCCCGCUGCUGGAGGAGACUGCUUCCGAGAAUGCUACAAGACAUGCAUUCCAAUGGGUUACCGUCAACGGGGAUGGAUUCGCUCCGAGUGAACAUGAGAUCUACACACAUGAGUGGAUAAAGACGGUUGAUGAAUCUGCUUCCGUUGACUAG